UCAAACUGAUCACCCGGCUUGAUUGCAAGGCAUGCAAUCUCUGUCACAUACCAGUUAGCAUAUCAACUACAGAGAUCCACAGAGAUCAGAAGUUUGUAUUUAGCCACACAAAUAGCAGUCAUAGUGUAUUUAAUGUUAGUCGUAACAGCGUGACUGCACUGUCGUCUAUAGAAAUAUAGAUCUACCACACCGGAGCGACCAGGAUGGAGUGGCAGCCAGAUGAACAGGGUCUGCAGCAAGUGCUUCAGCUACUCAAGGACUCCCAGUCACCAGACACAGCAACACAGAGGGCUGUGCAAGAAAAACUGGAGCAACUUAACCAGUUUCCAGAUUUCAACAACUAUCUCAUCUUUGUCCUCACAAGCCUCAAAUCUGAAGACGAGCCCACUCGCUCCCUGAGCGGUCUGAUACUGAAGAACAAUGUUAAGGCUCACUACCAGAACUUCCCUCCCAACGUGGCUGACUUCAUCAAACGAGAAUGCCUCAACAACAUUGGAGACCCUUCACCGCUCAUCAGAGCUACGAUCGGUAUCCUGAUCACGACCAUAGCCUCUAAAGGGGAGCUGCAGACCUGGCCGGAACUGCUGCCUCAGCUCUGUAAUCUGCUCAACUCAGAGGACUAUAACACCUGCGAGGGUUCUUUUGGAGCGUUGCAGAAGAUCUGCGAGGAUUCAUCAGAGUUGUUGGAUAGCGAUGCUCUGAACAGACCCCUUAAUAUCAUGAUCCCUAAAUUCUUACAGUUUUUCAAGCACUGCAGCCCCAAAAUCAGGUCCCAUGCUAUAGCGUGCGUGAACCAGUUUAUCAUCGGUCGAGCUCAGGCUCUGAUGGAUAACAUUGACACCUUCAUAGAGAGUCUGUUUGCACUGGCCGGAGACGAAGACAGUGAAGUACGCAAGAACGUGUGCAGGGCUUUGGUCAUGCUGCUGGAAGUUCGCAUCGACCGUCUCAUCCCACACAUGCACAGCAUCAUCCAGUACAUGCUGCAGAGGACCCAGGACCCAGAUGAGAAUGUGGCUCUGGAGGCCUGUGAGUUCUGGCUGACUCUGGCUGAGCAGCCCAUCUGUAAAGAGGCCCUGUCUGGCCACUUGGUCCAACUGAUCCCUAUCCUGGUGAACGGGAUGAAAUACUCUGAGAUCGACAUUAUUCUUCUAAAGGGCGACGUUGAAGAGGACGAGGCAGUUCCAGACAGCGAGCAGGACAUAAAGCCUCGCUUCCACAAGUCCCGCACCGUCACCCUGCAGCAUGAAGGAGGGGAGGGCGAGGAGGGGGAGGACAUCGAUGAAGACGAGGACGACGACGAUGAUACGCUGUCUGACUGGAACCUGCGAAAGUGUUCAGCUGCGGCUCUCGAUGUUCUUGCCAACGUGUUUCGUGAGGAGUUGCUCCCUCAUCUCCUGCCCCUGCUCAAAGGACUGCUGUUCCACCCAGACUGGGUCAUCAAGGAGUCUGGUAUCCUCGUGCUGGGAGCUAUCGCUGAGGGCUGUAUGCAAGGCAUGGUACCUUACUUGCCCGAGCUCAUCCCCCACCUCAUCCAGUGUUUGUGCGACAAGAAGGCCCUGGUGCGCUCCAUCGCCUGCUGGACGCUCAGCCGCUACGCCCACUGGGUGGUCAGCCAGCCCCCUGACGCUCACCUCAAACCUCUCAUGACUGAGCUGCUCAAACGCAUCCUGGACGGCAACAAGAGGGUACAAGAAGCGGCGUGCAGUGCGUUCGCCACCCUGGAGGAGGAGGCAUGUACAGAGCUGGUGCCUUACCUGAGCUUCAUCCUGGAUACGCUGGUUUUUGCUUUUGGGAAGUACCAACACAAGAACCUGCUCAUCCUCUAUGAUGCCAUAGGAACGCUGGCGGACUCUGUGGGGCACCAUCUCAACCAGCCUGAGUACAUACAGAAGCUGAUGCCUCCGCUGAUAGCCAAGUGGAACGAGCUGAAGGAUGAAGACAAAGAUCUCUUUCCUCUGCUGGAGUGUCUGUCGUCUGUUGCCACGGCGCUGCAGAGUGGCUUCCUCCCCUACUGCGAACCUGUUUACCAGCGCUGUGUCACCCUGGUCCAGAAAACACUGGCUCAAGCCAUGAUGUACAGUCAGCAGCCAGACCAGUACGAAGCCCCUGACAAGGACUUCAUGAUUGUGGCUCUGGAUCUUUUAAGCGGUUUAGCCGAGGGACUGGGGGGACACGUGGACACGCUUGUGGCCCGCAGCAACAUCAUGACGCUGCUUUUCCAAUGCAUGCAGGAUACGAUGCCUGAAGUAAGACAGAGUUCAUUUGCUCUACUGGGUGACUUGACCAAGGCUUGCUUCCCUCACGUCAAACCGUGUAUUGCUGAAUUCAUGCCGAUCCUUGGGACAAACCUGAACCCGGAGUUCAUCUCUGUCUGCAACAAUGCUACCUGGGCCAUAGGAGAGAUCUGUAUGCAGAUGGGAGUGGAGAUGCAGCCAUACAUCGCCAUGGUUCUGAACCAGCUCGUUGAGAUUAUUAAUCGACCCAACACCCCCAAGACCCUGCUGGAGAACACCGCAAUCACCAUCGGUCGCCUGGGCUACGUGUGUCCUCAGGAGGUUGCGCCCAUGCUGCCCCAAUUUAUCCGACCCUGGUGUACGUCUCUGCGGAACAUCCGAGACAAUGAAGAGAAGGACUCGGCUUUCCGCGGGAUUUGCAUGAUGAUCGGCGUGAACCCAGGAGGUGUGGUGCAGGACUUCAUCUUCUUCUGUGACGCAGUGGCCUCCUGGGUGAAUCCUAAAGACGAUCUGAGAGACAUGUUCUACAAGAUCCUGCACGGUUUUAAGGAGCAGGUUGGGGAGGAGAACUGGCAGCAGUUCUCAGAGCAGUUCCCCCCACUGCUGAAGGAGAGACUGGCAGCCUGCUACGGCGUUUAGAUUCUCUACACCACCCAAGAGGUGAGCCAGCAGGAGGAGGGUGAAUGGGAAACUCAUCCAUCUGUGUAUUGCACUGCCCUGAUCUGGGGGGAGGGAGAGGGACACUAUUGGCCGCUCCCCCUGACGGACGGCCCCCACGCCCUAUGUGUUUGUCCAUAGAGGGAGGGUGGGCGGGUGGGAGGGUGGGACAGAGGGACACCUCUAGAUUAACUAGGCAGGGACCCGACACAGAAAAACUAACUGGUAGGGACAGAUAGAGAGGGACAGAGAGAAGGACUUGGAGGAGAGACUGAGGGGGAUAGAGAAGGUGGGACAGAUGGAGACCAGCAGGAGAGAGUUCAGGGAAAGAGAGGGAGGGAAAUCAGUAACCAAGCAGGGAAAAAGAGCCACAGAACGGUCUGUUACUGGGAGGACAGGGACAGUUUUAACGGGAUUCUUAACCUCAAGAUAGCUUGACCGACAGAGACAGACCAACACAGACUCUCUCACACACACACACACACACACACACACUUGCACACUUGCUGCACACGCAGUACAUGGAACUGACUGUGGGCGGCACUAUUAUUUAGACUUUUUUGAGACCUUACUACAUGUAGUUAGGGACAGACAGACAGGGGUCUAAACUCUGUUCAUUUUCCGGGUGAUAAUCUUUCUUUUUCCGGGGGAAUAGGAUUCAAUAUGAAUUUCUUCAUCCGUAGUCACUGAAUUCUACUUAGCUGUAAGAUAAUCUCGCUAUCUGUGUUUCCUAUCCCUUUUUUUUUUUUUUCUUUUUCAUUUUCGAACCAGAGUGCUGCUUCAUAGAGCGAUCCAUCUAUCAGACAUGUUCCUGUCACAUUUUCUACCUGAGAGAGAAAUAAGAGCAAGUGUCUUUCCUCACAGAAAACCAUUCCUCUAGGAAGGGAGGAUUAGGGCUAACACAUUUGUUUUCUCACCAGAGGGGAGAAAAUCGUAGAGAGAAAAAAGAGAAGAAAAAAAAAAAUCACAUCCUUAGUUGUCCUCUUCGAGGUUUCGUGUGUAUGUGUGUGAGCGCGUGCAUGUGCAGUUUAUAAAUCCUCACUUUGGCAUUCUGUGUUAACAGUGUGUGAAAUAUGUAUUGUUUUUGAUAUGGUACCGAGCUAAAACUUGACUCCCACCGCAAUGUCCUUGGCACCUGUUAACUGUGACCAAGUGUUUGUGUGUAUGUUUGUGUAUGUGUGCUUGACAGAUUGAGUGUGUGUUUAUGUCUACAUUCGUACUGAUAUCCAUUUGAUGCCAUAUUGAUAUCUUAAGUAAAACAGUGAUUGGCAAUGUCAUUGUGAUCUUUAUAAUGUUUUAAAAAUGGUCCAUAUUCUUUAUUUUCUUUUUUUUUUGUUUUUGUUUUGCUGCUACUGAUAAUUUUUGUUUCUAUAGUGGACAUAAAUUCGCACAAUAACACAAAAAUAUUUGAAUUAAUGCUAUUUUCAGUGACUGUUAAGUUUGCACUUUUUUAAAAAAUUUAUUUUACCUUUUUUUGUAUGGACUUUUUUUUAACCUCACCCAUAUGAUAUGUCUUGACCCUAAUGUCAGUGUUUGUCAUACUGUGUUGCACUGUGAAAUUAAGUGUCUUUGACUGGCAAAAAUAUUCCAAUACUAAAUGGCAAAUAAAAACAACUUUGUGAAACUGGGACUAAUCCGCACUUUUACAAUGACUAACUUUGCCAUAUUGCUGAGGUGUGUGUGUACGCGUGUGAGAUCCUGCAUGUGUGUGUGAGAUCCUGCAUGAGUAGGCGCGCAUGAGUGCCCUUUAUUUUUUGGCCUAUGAGCAUGUUGCAGAUAGCUAGAUGGCGUUUUUAUGAUGUAUGCACAGUAAGGGGUGCAAAUCUAGUUUUGUUUGGAAGGGUGUGUAGCCUGACCCCUGAGCCUACUUUGUGUGCAUGCUCUGUGUCUGUGUUUUCAUUGUGUGUGUGUGUGCGUGUGUGCGCGAAUGUGCGUGUGUUUGACGCAUAUCUCGGAGUAAUAUGAUUGCCCUUUACAAACCAACACACCACCUCAAUUCAUGAGAGGAGAGCACAAUAUACUUAAAAAAAAUACAAGAGCUAGGACACUGCCAAAGAGCAAUAGCCACUGAAAUUGAAAACAGUAGAGACCAGCUGCUAUUCAAUAUUCAAUACUUGCAAAAUAAUAAUAUAAAAGUACAGGCAACGAAGGGCUUUUCAGAUUAAUCACGGAAUACGAUUUGCCAGCAAAAUUAACUACAGGGAUUUUUUCAUUGAUAUUCAAUUUUUUCCAGCUUGGAGAUAUUUGGAAACAAUUAGACGUUGGCACUUGAUUUGACCUCGACUGUGACCACUGAGAUAAUCAAUCACUUCAAACACAAGACAAUCUGAACCCCAGUCUAUUUCCACAGUCUCCUUCAAAGCUUGUACGAGAAAAUGUUUUCGGUUGCUUGUUAAUUUAAUUUCAAUUAUUUGUGUAACUGAUGCUUUUAGUUUUUGUAUCUGAAGGAUCAGUGUACAUUUUCUUUUGGACGAUACUGUAGUCUGCUUCAGUGACAGAUUCAUGAAUGCAACGAGUUUGAAGGAGAGGAGCGGUAUGACAGCUUUCUGAAUAUGUGCAAGACGAUGGGAACAAAGGAGGGAUGAAAGGAGAUGAACGAUGAUUUUUUUCUAAAUUCUGUUUAUAUUAUAAAGAGCAUGAUAUUGUUGCAGUUUGGCUGACAGACUUUGGUACCUGUUUUUUUUUUUGUUUUUCCUGUGGGCUACUUUCGCCAGUCAUGUUCCCUCUUUUUGAAGGUGGGAAUGGAAAUAAAUUGCUUUGAGUCUUUUAUAUGAUUUAUAGUUUAUGUGUGUAAAAUCUCUGGAUUUUUGAAAUAAAUCAUGUCAUGCAUGCAGAAGGCCGGA